UUACCCCCAGUGUGGAGCAAAGUCCGACAGAGGGCCUUCACACGGCACCGUGUCUGGGACAGCCGUGUCUGUUUUCAUCUCUGUCCUGAGAGGGCUCAGCGGUUAUGAAUGACAUCUUACGCUGACCCGUACGGCCCCUCUCCUAUGGACAAUGAACAUCUCAAACUAUCUCCUGGAUCUCCCUCAGCCCACUGUUCUCCAAUCUACCGAUUACAAUCUGGACAUACUGACCCAAGAGGAACCGUCAACAUCCCAGGACUUGAAGCCGGACCCUGAUGGUAGGGCAGCUCAGGAUGACGGUUGUCCUGUGUGUGGUGACCGAGUGUCGGGGUAUCACUAUGGCCUGCUCACCUGUGAGAGCUGUAAGGGAUUUUUCAAGCGCUCGGUGCAGAACAACAAGCGCUAUAUGUGCGCAGAGAGACAGAGCUGUCCAAUGGACCCGGCCCAGAGGAAACGAUGCCCUUACUGCCGCUUUCAGAAAUGUUUAGCUGUGGGCAUGAAAAGAGAAGCUGUACGUGCAGACCGCAUGAGAGGUGGACGAAAUAAGUUCGGGCCGCUAUAUCGACGAGACAGACAACUGAAACAGCAGAGAGAAGUCUAUCAUACAGCGAACACCGCCCCCUACAGGAUCAAACAUGAAGGACCACAACAAUCCUUGCAUCAUGAUUUUCACGUCUCAACCCCUUCCCCUGGUGUUCUUGCCCCUGACCACUACUACUCCCCUCCGCCCUUUCCUCACAGCAUCUCCCAAUCAGAGUUCCCCAUGUUGUUGGACUGCACCGUACCCCGAGAACGUACACCGUCUGACCCCUCUCUGUCAUUUCACACACUGUACUAUCCAGGCUUUCACGGAUAUCACGGAAAAAGGGAUCUCCCGCUCAACUACAGCCCUGCUUCCGUGUCGCCCCCUGCGCCGAUCUCCCCUACCGUUGUCUCCACACCCGUCACCACGCUCACGCCAGCCUCAACUCCAUGUUCAACCCCUACAGCACAUAGCUUGACCACCAUGACCCCUAACCCUAGCUUGUGCUUUUUAAGCCAGCUCCUAGAAUCGGAGCCGGAUGAGAAGCAGCUCUGCACGCGGGUGCUGGCGAGCCUUCAAAGAGAGCAGGCCUGUCGAGGAAAACACGACCGCCUCAACACCUUCAGCAUCAUGUGCAAAAUGGCCGACCAGACUUUGUUUGCGCUGGUGGAGUGGGCUCGCAACAGCACGCUGUUUAAAGAACUUAAGGUGGAGGACCAAAUGGUGCUCUUGCAGAGCUGUUGGAGUGAACUGCUGGUUCUGGAUCAUCUGUGCCGUCAGGUGGCUUAUGGUAGAGAUGGUCGCAUCUAUUUGAUUACUGGACAACAAAUUGAGGUAUCGAUCAUCCUCAGUCAGGCUGGAGUUUCUCUCGGUAGUUUGGUGUCCAGGGCCCAGGACCUUGUCUUCAAGCUUAAAUCACUUCAGCUGGACAGGGAGGAGUUUGUGUGCCUUAAAUAUCUGGUUCUCUUCAAUCCAGAUGUCAAAUCAGUACAGGAUCGCAGACAGGUUGAACAGACACAAGAGCGUGUAAACCGAGCUCUGAUGGACCACACCAUGCAGACCCAUCCGGGUCACUCGGACAAGUUUGGCCAGCUGCUGCUCCGUCUGCCUGAGGUUCGCAGCAUCAGCCUGCAGGUGGAGGAAUAUCUGUAUCAGCGCCACCUGCUGGGAGAUUUACCCUGCAACUCACUCCUCACUGAAAUGCUGCAUGCUAAGCAGACAUAGGACUGUUUUUGAUAACUGUUAAUCUAUUUGACCUCCGAGUAUUAAAUGUGGAUUUGUGGCACAAAAUGAAUAUUUUAACGUCACCAAUUUGAGCUGUGAACAAAUCGAGAAACUAAUUGUCAUCAGUGGUUGUAUAUACAAUAUAAAAUAAAUAUUCUUAAAGGGUUCUUCACAGCAAUGCCAUAAGAACCAUUUCCGGCAUCUUUCUAAUGGCAAUAAUAAGGUUCUGUGGAUACUGAAGAUUCUUUAUGGAUGCCCUUACGAAAAUGAACCAUGGUUUUAUACCAGUUAAAACUCCAAA